AUGAUCUCUGUUCUUCGUCCCGUCAACUACAACUUCAACUUCUUCAACACACUCAAGGCCACUUCUACCCCGCUGACGUCAGCCAAGACUCCCUUAUCGAUAUCAAUCCGCAGCAUGGCGACCGGAAACGACGUGAAGAUCACUUCCUGGGUCAAUCCAGAUGAUAAGUCGGGAGAAUUCAAGCGCGGGCAGUCGGCGUUUAGGAAUUGGAUCUCCCGCAAGCCCGGAGCUCAGUUCCCGCCGGAGAAGGACAGAUAUCACCUCUACGUCUCUUACGCUUGUCCAUGGGCUCAUAGAACACUUAUUACCCGGAAACUGAAGGGCCUAGAAGAUAUCAUUCCUUACACAGCUGUGCAUUGGCAUAUGGGAGAGUUAGGAUGGCGCUUCGUUACCCCCGACGAGAAUGUUCCUGGAGAGAAUGUGACGGCGGAUCCACUGAAUAAUUACUCUCAUCUACGUGAGAUUUACUUCUCCGUUGAUCCAGAGUACAAGGGUCGAUUCACUGUGCCGACGUUAUACGACAAGAAGACGAAACAGAUCGUCAGCAACGAGAGCUCGGAGAUAAUUCGCAUGUUCUAUCAUGAGUUCGACGACCUGUUGGAUGAGAAGUACAAGUCUGUUGACCCGCUACCCGCAGCGUUUGAGAAGGACAUCGAUGCCGCAAACGAAUGGAUCUAUGACACCGUCAACAACGGCGUGUAUAAGUGUGGUUUCGCAACUACACAAGAGGCGUAUGAAAAAUCAAUCCCGCCGCUCUUCUCCUCUCUAGAUAGGAUCGAAGAACACCUGACCAAGACAUACUCUCCUUCUACACCUUAUUACUUCGGUAAGGAUCUCACGGAAGUAGACAUCAGGUUGUUCACGACAAUCGUGCGCUUCGACCCGGUGUACGUGCAGCACUUCAAGACGAACCUUCGAGAUAUCAGGUCCGGAUACCCGGCUAUUCAUCGCUGGCUGAGACAUUUGUACUGGGACAUCCCCGCGUUUGGAGAGACGACGCAGUUUGAACAUAUCAAGAAACAUUAUACCAAGAGUCACGGACAGAUUAAUCCGCCCGGCAUCACGCCUGUUGGGCCGGUGCCGGAUAUCAUGGGUAAGGAAGAGGAGGUUAAUGCGGCCAAGAAGUGA